AAAAUUUCUCACGCUCUGAUUUACUCAUUUUUUGUUAUCAAUUUUUUUAAUGUUUAUUUUUACGUACUCUCAAACAAAACGAUGACAAUUGUGUGUAUGAAUCGAUUUUAGUAACACAUGCAUGCACUACAAAAAAAAACUAUAGAAAAACAAAAACACAAUUUAGUCGAACGUAAAAUUUCAAUAAAAGCAGAUGUCUGCUAUAUAAAAUUGCUUACAAAACGGUGGCAAUUGCAAUUGUUUAGUGUGGCAAACAAUAAAUUAAUAUUCCUAAGUUGUGCUAAAGUGUUUUAGAACUAUAUAAAUAAGAAUAUUUUAAUCGAGUGUAACUAUUCGAUUUUAUUGUGAUUAUUAGCCAUAUCAAUUAUUUGCUUAAAUUAUAACAUUUAAUGCAAAUUACAUAAGUAAAAAAAGAACUAAAACAACAAAGAAAUUGGUUUUUGUAAAAUUCAACUCAAUACUAGAAGCAAACAAAAAAAGGAACGGAAAAGACAUAACCUCGACCACAAAAAUUAAAUAAAUUUAAUUGCAAAUAAAAAUAAAUAAAAUAAAACAGUGAUAGACAAAAAAGAAGCAAAAGAAUAAUAAUAAUAAUAAAUUUAUGCAAUUAAAUUAUUCUAAUUGUGUAGUGCUGUCAAACUAUAGUUUUGUUAUUUCUUUUUUUUUAUAAAUUUCUUUGCAAUCUAAACAUAAAACGCGUCUCCGUGUUGCACAAUUAAGUUGUAAAGUGUUAAAUAGUUUUCAUUUCCUUCAACUUAAGAAACGAAAUCUAAAACAAUAGGUUCCCAACUUGAUAUAUACACAAUGGCCUGGGAGCAUUUGCGACCGGGCAGUUCACCCGUUGAUUGGUGUGAAGGCAACUAUUUAAUAUCGGCAAAUAUUGCAGAAUUUGUAAAUACGUUGUGGUUUUAUCUUUGUUAUAUUUCUUUCUUUUCGCUUUCUUUCUCUUUUUUUAUAGAUAAGUAAUUUUCUGUUUUUAUUACUGCCGCCGGUAUUAAUGUAUCUAUUCAAAGAAUAUGGACGUUUCGUUACGCAAGGCAUUCAUGUACUUUGGGCUCUACUUAUAAUUGUUGGUCUUAGUUCUAUGUAUUUUCAUGCUACUUUAAGUCUUAUCGGUCAAUUAUUGGAUGAAUUGGCCAUAUUAUGGGUAUUUAUGGCUGCAUAUUCUUUAUUUUGCCCUAUGAAAUAUUUUCCAAGAUUUUGUAAAGGUAACAGACGUCUUUUUAGUGUACUAAUGUUUGUAUUCGCACUAACAGCAACAGGACUCUCCAUAUGGAAGCCUAUAGUUAAUGCUUUUGUAUUAAUGGGUAUGGGUGUACCUACCAUGGUCAUGUUAUACAAAGAAUUAAAGAGAGUACAAGAUCAACGUGUCUAUCGCUUAGGUCUGCGCUCCACAGCAGUUUGGCUGAUAGCCGUCAUCUGUUGGAUAAAUGAUCGUAUGUUCUGUGAUGUUUGGUCUUCAAUAAGUUUUCCCUACUUACAUGGUUUCUGGCAUGUAUUCAUCUUUAUAGCUGCAUAUACGGUACUCGUGGUUUAUGCAUAUUUCUAUGUGGAAAACGAAUUGCCACAAAGGCGACCGCUACUUAAAUAUUGGCCCGUUAAUGAUUUUGAAUUAGGUAUACCAUUUAUAAGUAUACGAAAUCCCGGUAAGGAUUUUAAAAAUAAUAUUUAAAAAACUUUAAGUGGAAAUAGUUUAAAUUAUAAACAAGUGAUACAAACAUUCAGGAAAUCCAAUGCUUCGAUUUAUAUAGAAAAAUAAACGAACAUUAGGGUAUUGUUGGUGUUAAAAAAAUAUAUAAAAACUUCUAACUUCGUUUAGAAGUAUUUUUGUUAAUUGUCUGUUACGGUUAAAACGAAGUGAAUAAUUGUCCAAAAAUCAUUAUUAACUUAAAAAGUGAUAUAAAAACAUGUUGCACAAUUGUUUUUUUUUUAUUAAAAAUUUUAAAAUAUAAGUAGGAUUGAAUUAUAUUAGGUUUUUAUUAAAAAAAUCUAUAAAGUAGUUUAAAGAAAAUAUAUUAUGAUAUAAAUAAUGGCUUAUUAAACAUAGAAUUUAUAUUAAAUAUAAUAUUUAUAUAGUUAGAUAUACUACAUACAUUAUAUAUGUAAAUUGGUCGAAAUUGUAUUAUUAACAUUUUGUAAAUUGUAUUAUUAACAUUUUGCAGGAAUCUGUUUUCAAAAACCCAACUUAAGCGAAUAUUCAAUUUGUUAAACAAAUGUAAAAGUAAUCUAUCUAAAUUUUAUAAACUUCAUAGAUUAAGCACCCGGGGCGCUCCCCAUUCUUAUUGUUAAAAUUAAAAAUUGAUAAAAAAGGGUCAAAGGUCAGAUUACCAAGAAUUUUUAAAACGUUUUUACAAAAAUUUUAUAAUUUUUAUACCCUUUACCUACGUGAGAAAGAUAUGCACAUAUAAGUUUGUCAUUCCUUUAAUAAUAUCUACAGACGUAUAAUUUUUCGAUCAUAAAAAAUUUUAUGUACAUACAUAUAUACAUAUGUAUGCAUGUAUAUUCCGGAUUCUUAUAGAUAGCGAAGUUCAAUAAGUCAUGUCCGUCUGUUUGUCUAUAUGUUUUGUUGAAAUCAAUUUUCUGAAGACCCAAUAUAUCUUAAGAUAAUAUUUCUAUCAGACAUGCUUUCGAGAAGUUUUCUAUUGAAAAUUAGCUAAAUCGGUCCAUAAAUGACGGAGAUAUAAGCAAAAGUAUGAGACCACCUCUGAAAAGUUCUUCAACAAAUUAUAAAUUAAAAGCAUAAAAACAACAACAAUGAUAUACAGCUUGUAUUUGUUUAUGGGUAAUGCAGCUUGUAUAUAUUUUGAAGUAGGUAAUAGAGUUUUCGUUUUGUUUUUGGGUAAUACAGCUUUUAUUUGUUUGUGUGUAUGUUAUAUGUGACAAGUGUCAUUGAUACAAGUGGCAUUAUACUUAUUAUGAUGUGUUCAUUUGUUAUUGUUGUUUUUUUAUUUUUUACGAAUAUUGAACUCUUAUCGUUAUAUGUAUACAUACAUAUGUAUUUAGUUCUUAAUUUGCAGAAUAUUGGCAAAAUAAUACAGACCAAAUAAUUUUAACCCAGGGACCAAUGUAUACUUUUCUAAAGGAUUAAGCAGCGCUGACAACGGAAAAAACUUUAUUUUUAAGUCGACAGAUUAAAUUUUUAGAUGACAUAAUAAACUUUCUAAAUGUGUCAUCGCGCUGAUAUUACCUCCCAAAAAUCGAGUUUUUUUCAGUCCUAUGACAUGAUAUCUGGAAAGCCCAAUGUGAUUUAGAAAAUCCUUUAAGUAAGAAUUUCAACAUUUUUCAAAUUUUAUUGACCUGUGCAAUUUUUGACCAUUAUUUUAUAAAAAAAAUCUUAACAUCUAAAAAUUAUUUACAAUUGUACAAUAUUUAAAACUUUUAUGGAUUGAUAAUAUAUAUAUUGAUAAUAUUCACUUAUAAAUCAUAUUGAAAUUAUAGAACUUUCCAAUAAAAAAUUCAGAUUAUUUAAAAAGAUUAAUGCACUUAUCUACAGCAAGUACCCAGUGGAAAAUUUACUAUUAAGAACAAAUCACGUAAAUUGUAAAGAUGAUAAAAAAACAACCGUUUUUGGUCAUAUUAGAAACGUAAUAAUAGACCGUAGAUAACUUUAUAAACUUUAUAUUAAGUAUUAUGUCAUCUGAAAGUCUAAUCUAUCGAUUUUAAAGUAAAAUUUUACCUUCUUUUAAACCUUCUUCCUUCUUUCAGACAUAUUAAACAAUGUAUAAGAAGAAAACUAAAUUUGUAUAAACUUUUUUGGUUCGAUAAUUGAUUACUUUAUAAAUUUUCCCAUUGCAUUUUUACAACUUUCAUUUCAAGCACCUCUCAGGUUUAUCCAAUUUAUGGUUUAAGGCUCAUUUCGUUUCUACGUUCCGGUACGUGAUAAAUCUCCUUAUUCAUAUUUGUCUUACAGAAAUCUGUGUAGGUCGUUAGUUUGGCCGUAAGAUUGCCGUUGAGUUUUUGUAUGAAAACCAUAAAUCAGCUGAUACGUCACGUAACGCAACGUAAAACUUAACUGAUCCUUCAUGAUAUUUUAAGUGAUGAUUGCGAAAAUUCAUUCAUUGCCGUUAGUAAUACAAUUUAUACAUUAUACAAGUUUUUAUCGGAUAGUCAUGACCAAUUUAUAUAUUUAAAUAGUUAUAAAAACUUUUCCAAUUACUAAUACCAAAGAUUUCUUCAACUGAUCAUAUUAUAGACGUGAUUUUUAUUAUUUUAUUAUUAUAUAACUUAUUUUAAACAAUGUCUUUACAAUUAAUUUUAAAACAACUGUAUGAAAAAUAUUUUUUUGUGAUUAUUAUUUAAUAUCGAACUAGUUUUUUAUCUCUAAGAAAAUUAUCAUAUGAUCAUAUAACUUAUAAACCAGAAAUGUAUCAGACGUCAAUAUACACAGUUACAAAAUAUUUAAAUAAAGUGUUCAAUAAAGGAAGUACCUGGAUGGAUCAUAAAAUCGGAAUAAAAUUUGUCAUAAAUAUAAUAAAGGACCACAAUUUAUAACUAAGAAACUAAGGCCUACUUCUGUGCUACUAAGAGUUAUAACUUAAAUAAUACGUGGGCUGGUGUGUAGUACUUAAAAUUCGAGCCUUUUAAUACCGUAAAAAACUGUAUUUUGCUAAUUUUUUAUACCCUAUAUAUCUUUUGAAACAGUGAACACAGAAAUAAAAUUUAUAAUAUAUUCGUAACAUAUCGAAAAAACCGGAAUACAAAUUCUGUACUUUUGGGAUAUUACGACUUUUAAGCGGUAAAAAAUGGUACCUAUUUUUGGUACUUUUUCCAUAAAACAUUCUUUCCUAUUUAUUGACUUAUACAGUACUUAAAGAAGGGCUCCCAUUAUGUUAGUACAACAUUUUGGAAUAAUUUUUUUAUUACUUCAAUAGGGACAAAGUACCAUAAGGGGAAAACGGGAAAUUUGAUGUAAUUCCAACUCAUUGAGCCAAUUUUAAUAAAAUUAGAGAAUGUGGUAGAUUUAAUAACUUUAAAUAUGCUAAUGGAGUGUUACUUGGAACUCCGGCACUAAAGACUAUUUUUUGGUACAUUUUCGUUCUUUCACUGGUACUUUUUCUGCUUUUUUAUAAUAUAGAUCCUAGAAACAUGUAAUUAAGCAUUUGGAGCCGGGAGUUAAUGAGAAUCUAUAAAAGAUAAAAUUUUGGUACUUUUUCGGUUUUUAACUGGUACUUUUUGAGUUUUUUAUAAUAUUGAAGCACUGAGUAAAUCUUAAAGGGGACAUUUUGAUACUUUUUUAUUCUUCAAAGGGUACUUUUUGAAUUUUCUAUAAUUUUAUGUUUCUUGACUCAAGAAACAUAAAAUUGAACAAUUAUAGUCCUGAGUGAAUGAAAAUCUGUAGGCAAGGAUUUUUGGUACUUUUUCGUUUUUCAACUGGUACUUUAUGAUUUUUCUGCAAUAUUGAACCUAGAAACAUAUAACCAAACAUAUAGGAUACUGAUGGAAUGAAAAUUUAUAAGAGUAAAGCUUUUGAUACUUUUCUUCAUUCUUCAUCUGAUACUUUUUGAUACUUUAAUAAUAUUGAACCUAGAAACGAAAAGAUAAACACGCAGCAUACUGAUUGAAUAAAAAUCAUUAAAAAGAAAGUUUCUGGUACUUUUUUGUAUUCCAUCCAGUGCUUUAUUGUAAUAAAAUACGUAUUGACUAUCUUGUUUUAACACACUACUUGUUCUAUCAUCAUCAACUUACAUAGAGAAUAUAAAGAAAAAUCCCCAAAACUUCCUUUAAUAACUAAAAUAUAAUUAAAAAAAAUAGUUUUUAGAUAAAAUAAUGUAACAAAAUUAAAUGAAAUUCAUUUCAAAGGUUGUAAUUGGUACAAUGAGCUAAAUAAAAAUAAAUUUUAUCCAACUUGCUAAAUUAAAAAAUAACAAGGAAUUAAAAGAAAGGAGCUUGUUAUAUUAGCUAUUAAAUACAUAUUUUCUAAACUAAAAACCCCAAUUUUCUAUAUCAUAGUAUUAUAUAUAAAAUAUAAAAUACAAAAAAAAUUUAACAACUAGACUGCUAAACUAUGCUCUCUAACGAAAACCAAAUAAAACACUUUAAAUAUAUUUAAUUUUAGGCAAAAAGAAAAUGGAAUUAUGUGCAGUUUUAUUAAUUUUUUAAUAAAAUUAUAUACUAAAUACAAACAAUUUAGAAAUACUUAGUAGCAAAAUAUUUUUGUUUUUUUUUUAUUAAAAAAUAGCUUUAAAUUCAUUUUAU